AUAAUUAUAUCGAACAGUUAAAAAAAUGACUUUGAUGUGGGGGGUCGUUCUAUAUGUGUUCGCACAUUUGGCGAUCACAGAAACUAAUUGUUAUUUAGUUGGCGCUGGGUUAAAUGUCCGUUUCGCGCAACUUCUCCACACGGAUACAAAAUACCAGGUUCUUAGAGAGGAAAUGAUAAAAGCGAACACUCGAAACCUGGUAUACCACUGUCGAGCUGAUAAAAGCGACUGCAACGCCGCCCUAGCGAAGAUGAGGUACAAGGCCAGCAAACACUUCUACGCUCUCUCCAAAGCCGUGGUCGAUUACGUUAAGAACAAAAGACAGGCACGACCCACAGGAUAUGUCGGCACAGCGACAUUCUGCCAAGACAACAUAUGCGUUCCUGAUACCGAUCCUCCAAUAGUGUACGGCGGAUGUUUUACUCUUAUCUCCUGCGGUGGCAACCAGACCUGGCACCUCGAUCCUGUCAUUUAUAAGAAAAAGAAAAACAGAUUAUAUUAAAAUAAUAAAACAGAAAAACGGGACCAUAUCUUAUUAUAAACUCUUAAUAAGACGAACGUUAAUUUAUAAUUAACCAAAUAAAGUGUUAAUUGCUCUUAAAUGUCAUAUAUAAUUAUAGAAAGGAAAUUUGUAAAAGGGUAAAAAAUGUCUUUAAUAUUGCCGUCAGCUACCUAUCUAAUUGGCGAGUUAAUUAAUCUAGAAAAUCUUUCCAAACAGGCAGUUAAUUAGGUAACAUUAGUCUUUUUUGUUUCAUACGAGUUACUUAUAAAUUUUCUUAAAAGAAUUAAAAAAGAACACUUACACCUGUUGGAUGCAACACAAUAGAAAACAAAAAGUACACUAUCGCACAUUGUUACAAUGGUAUAAAAACUUAAAAAUUCGGCUCACCUUACACGUAGUGACACUCGAACGGUUGAGUGUUUGAGAUAUUUAUAAAAUUUACUUAUUCCAAAUAUGUUUUACAAUUAAAUGAAGAACAUGAAGUGGAUAAUUCAUCUUUUUAUAUUAUACCAAAUUACUUUCGAAGUUUUUUCUGAAAUAAGGGACAGUGCUUUGAUGAAUAAGUAAGUUAAAACAAUUGACUUUUUUUAAAUAAUAUUCCAUAUUUGAAUUCCCGAAUAAUAUUCCAUAUUUGAA